GCCCCUGCUCCUCCCCCGCACCAGAGGCCCUCUGCGGGUCACACAGAAACAUUAUGGCGCCUGGAGGAGCGUCGGCUCCGGGACCUGUCGCAGUGUAAAGGACCGGUGUUGACCCGGCAGGAUGAACCUCUGCGCCCAGUACCUGCGCCAGGCAGAGGCCCUGAAGGCUGACAUGACAGACUCGACGCUGGGGGCUGCAGAGGUGUGGACGUCCCGGCAGGCGCUGCAGGACCUGUACCAGAAGAUGCUGGUGACGGACCUGGAGUACGCGCUGGACAAGAAGGUGGAGCAGGACCUGUGGAACCACGCCUUCAAGAACCAGAUCACCACGCUGCAGAGCCAGGCCAAGAACCGGGCCAACCCCAACCGCAGCGAGGUCCAGGCCAACCUGUCGCUGUUCCUGGAGGCGGCCAGCGGCUUCUACACCCAGCUGCUGCAGGAGCUGUGCACCGUGUUCAACGUGGACCUGCCGUGCCGGGUCCGCUCGGCCCAGCUCGGGAUCAUCAGCAACAAGCAGAGCGGCGCCGGCGCCAUCGUCACGCCCCAGCCCAGCUCCUGCUCCUACAUCUGCCAGCACUGCCUGGUCCACCUGGGAGACAUCGCUCGUUACCGGAACCAGACCAGCCAGGCAGAGUCCUACUACAGACACGCAGCUCAGCUGGUACCGUCCAACGGUCAGCCCUACAACCAGCUGGCCAUCCUGGCCUCCUCCAAAGGAGACCACCUCACCACCAUCUUCUACUACUGCCGCAGCAUCGCCGUCAAGUUCCCCUUCCCUGCAGCCUCCACCAACCUGCAGAAGGCUCUGUCCAAGGCUCUGGAAAGCCGGGACGAGGCGAGGACCAAGUGGAGCGUGUCCGACUUCAUCAAGGCCUUCAUCAAGUUUCACGGCCACGUCUACCUGAGCAGGAGUCCCGACAAGCUGGACUCCCUGAGGGAGAAGCUGGAGGAGCAGUUCCAGAGGCUGAUCCUGCAGGAGGCCUUCAGCUCCCAGCAGCUCGUCCACAUCACCGUCAUCAACCUGUUCGAGCUGCAUCACCUCAGAGACCUGACGGCCGACGGCGGCGAGCCCAGCGGCGCCGGCGCCGCCGAGCAGCAGCUGGGCUGGUUCCAGCUGCUCGGACUCUUCGUGUCCUUCCUGGGGGUGAUGUGCAGCCGGGUUCUGCUGAACAAGAACCGGGGCGAGGAGCUGAUGGGGGAGUGUCCUCUGCCAGCCAUCAAGCUGUCCCUGGACUGGCUGCGGCUGAGGGCCAGCAUCUUCCAGGAGGCCGCCGUGGAGAACAGGAAGUACGUCUGGCCCUGGCUGGUGUCCAUCCUCAACAGCUUCCAGCCCAGAGAGGAAGACCUGUCCCCCCCCUCAGGGAUGCCGCUGCCGGAGGAGUUUGAGCUCCAGGGCUUCCUGGCUCUGCGCCCCGCUCUCAGGUGUCUGGACUUCACCAAAGGCCACCAGGGCAUCCUGCUGGACCGGGACGGGCUGCCGGUGCACGCCCGCCACCAGCGCCUCGUCGCUCUGGGCAAAUGGGUGGCGGACAACCAGCCGGGGCUGAUCCGGUGCCAGGUGAACGAGGACGGCUUCCUCCUCUUCCUCACCGACAUUCCAGAGGAGGCCAUCGAGGAGCCGGAGGAGCGGGAGGCGCCGGUGCUGCAGGAGUCGUCAAACGGCGAGCAGACGCUGAACGACGGCGGCAACCCGGGCCUGAAGUCGGUGCUGUCGGCCGGCAAGACCCAGAGCUCGUGGUCGGACGGCGGCGAGCGGCCCGUGGUCACCUUCAAGGAGAACAUCAAACCCCGGGAGCAGAGCCAGGAGCCGGCGCGCAGCCACCCGCUGAAGGAGCUGGGCAAGGAGCGCCGGGACUUCCCCAAAGGCAACGGCACCGCCGCCGGGAAAGGAGAGCCCAAGAGGGACGGCAAGAGGAAGAGCGAGGUGAAGAAGGUCGGCCAUGAGAAAACCGCUGAGGCAGGCAAACAGGUGAAGGCCCAGACCGAGCUGAGGAAGACUCCGGUCUCUGAGGUGAAGAAGACGCCGGUCACGCAGACCCAGACCACCUGCUCGUCCCAGUUCAUCCCCAUCCAUCAUCCCGGAGCGUUCCCGCCGCUGCCCAGCAGACCCGGGUUCCCCCCCUCCGCCUACGUCAUCCCUCCCCCCGUGGCCUUCCCGGGUCUGCAGGUGAACCCGGGCUUCACCUUCUCCCCCGGAGUCGCUCCGUUCCUGCAGUCUGCCGUCCACGGCCAGGCGGGCGGCCAGGCCGGAAAGCAGUCCCACAUUCCCUACAGCCAGCAGAGACCCUCUGGGCCGGGGGCGUCAGGCCCGGGGCCCCUGAACCAGGUCCCCUCCCAGCCUCAGCAGCAGCAGCCUUCCCCCCAGCAGGCCCUGCAGCAGUCGGUCCAGCUGCAGGUCCAGGCCCUGGGGCAGCAGCAGCAGCAGUCCCCCACCAAGCCGGGGCAGCAGGUCGGGAUGGGCAAGAGCCCACCCCACCACCCAGGUCUGCAGCAGUACAUGCAGGAGCAGCCAGCGGCCGUGUGGAACCAGUCCCAGGCGGCCCUGCAGAAGAUGUCCCCCCUGCAGAUGUCCAUGAAGCAGCAGCAGCAGCCGGCCUUCUUCCUGGGGGCCCAGGACCCUCUGAAGCUGUACGAGCAGCAGCUGCAGCCGCCGGGCCCUCAGAUGUCCAGCAUGGACAAGAAGAUGAAGUUUCCUGACGUGAAGAGGCAGGACUUCUACUGGGAGCCCUCGUACCGCAUGGACAGGAUGGGGGAGGGGCUGGCCAUGAUGGCGGAGAGGAUGAAGAGGCCCCCGCCUGCCGGCAUGUGUGCAGAGCAGGACGUCCCAGCGGGGCCCCGAGGAGCCACAUACGAGGACAAGAGCUUCCUUCCUCCUGACCUCUUAAAAACUCUAGCAGAUCUAGAGGAGGACGAGGAGCUCGUCUUUGCUAAGCCUCCUGAUUUCUUCCAGGCCCUGGCCGGCCCCCUUAGCACUGCUCCAGGACCAAAUAUCUUUCUGCCCAACCAGAGCAGGAUGGAGAGCAGCCAGGAGGUCGUCAGCCAAUCAUCUUCCCUGCUGCCCAUCACCGGCUUCCCCAUGCAGGAGUUCAACCACAGCAGCAUCUUCAGCCAGGCGUACGGUAAAAACCUGCCCCCCAGCUCCAAGCCGGACGCUCCCAUGAUGCAACAGGAGCCCUCGCUGUACUCGCUGUUUGAGGGCAACCCCUGGUCCCCCUCCCUCCCCGCCAGCUCAGACCACUCCACCCCGGCCAGCCAGUCCCCCCACUCCUCCAACCCCAGCAGCCUGCCCUCCUCCCCCCCCACCCACAACCACGGAGCCGUGCCCUUCUCCAACUUCGGGCCCAUAGGAACUCCGGACAGCCGGGACCGGCGGGCCGUGGACCGCUGGAAGGCUGAGAAGCCAGGAAGCGGGUUUGGGCUGGACUACCUGCCGGCUGCUGCCUCCUCCGUGGCGCCGGAGUCCGGCUGGCACCAGGGCGGCCCCGCCGGCGGCUCCUGGACCAAUCAGGAGUCUCCGAUGGAGGAGUCGUCGUCCACCGUGCUGCUCGACAGCCUGAAGUCCAUCUGGUCCAGCUCCAUGAUGCAGCCGGGCCCGUCGGCGCUGGAGCAGCUCCUCCUGCAGCAGAAGCAGAAGCAGCAGCGGGGGCACGGCGCCAUGAACCCGCCUCACUGAAGGCGGCGCCGGGCGGCGCUUUGUGUCCUACCAACCACCAGGAGGAAGGCAGGGAUCGGAUUAACCAGACGGUGGCGGCCGGGGAGGCCACGCUACCCCCCGACGAGGCUCCAUCACCACCCACACCCCCCUCGGCUGUUCCGGGAGCGGCGACCCCCUCCUGGAUCGGAGGGCGCGGGAUCUCUUGACCCGGCGGCGCCACGCUGCCGCCGGGUUCCCUUCAACUUUACGGACCCCCAGCACCCCCUCAGACAGCUCAUCUAGAGAUUUAGUGACAGCGUCUGCUGGGUUCUGAGGCAGACUGGACCGGGCCAGGCCCGUGUGCUGCCCUGGUUUAAGGGGGCAGGUGCUGGGAUGAACACCGGACCGGACUUUCUGAUCUCUCCUUUCAUUUUCACUGCAGGAGGAGGAGGAGGAGGAGGAGGAAGGCUCUUUAAUAUCUACUGAUUCUGUAUGGGCUAGUUGGACCACCGGGUUCUGGACGGACGUCUCCCGGGUGACGGUGGGUUCUGGGAGGACGUGGUGGGAGGGGCUGAGGGCGACCCGGUUCUGUUAGCGUUCAGAGAAACGUGUAUUUAGUGAUUUGUUUGUAGCAGUUCUAGCUUCUGCCCCGGGCGGCGCCGAUCCGUCUCCCAGUGCUUCCUGUAGCCCUGCUUGCUCUCUGACCCGCCUUCACGCUGGUUCUGUUCCGGUUCUGCUCGUUUUAGUCGCAGCUGCUGUGGUUCUGCUCGCUGCUUUAGCGCCUCAGACGGGCGGGCUCAGGUAGCCGGGUCGGUCCAGAUGAUCGGAAAGCUUCUCAUCCAGCAUCUAACCCAACAGAACCCAACAGAACCGAGCUUCAGACUGGACCCACAUCAUGGCUGCAACUCUUUGUGUUUGAGCAGAGAAACCCUGCAUGAUCAGAAUCACUGACCAGAACCGGUUUGGACCCAUGGUUGGAACAGCCGGGACCACCAGGAAGUUCUGGUGCCGCUGAAUUUAACGUUCAAUCAGAAACCAGGUGAAGGACGAGACGGGUCUGACCCAGAUCCGGCGCCAGAGGUGGGUUCUGCAUCCUGACUGGGUUUGCUGUUUUAUUUCAACCCAACUGGGUCAGAACCGCGACGUUAAUCACAUUCUCAGCGUCUCUGCCUGUUCUGGAGGAAACAGGAACCUCCAGUAGCAGAACACAGAGGUUCUGGUUCUGGGAGCAGUUCUGGGUAGACCGGACCUGUGCGUUCAUUAUUUCGCUGUUAGCGGUUCUUGUAAAUAUUCAGCAGUGAAAGAAAAAAGUGCCGUUUUCGUCUCGUGGCUUUUUGUUUAAACGCAACGAUCAGAUGGUUCUGAAGGUCCGUUUAAGGCUCAGCGGAUUAAUUAUCGGUGGUUUCAGACAUAACCUGCUUAUAUAAAUCUGUUUGUUCUAAUUAAACGGAUUAUUUCUUUCUAAAACAUUUAAACAGAAGCAGAAAACGGUUCCAGCUUCGCUUAAAAAACUGAAUAAAUUUUUUUUUCUGCUCGCUUCGUUUUAAAGAAAAACGGCUAAAAUCAGCUGAGAUCUUGUUUUAGUUUUUAACCUUAAGAUUCCUGAACGUUUAAACGUUGGAGGCGUGGCCUGGAGUUUCUCAGCCAAUCAGAGCGGAGCGGCUGCCCUCUGGCCAAUCAGGAGCCUCCCCUGCGGGCUUUAGCAGCCUGCGGCCCGGUACCGGUCCGGUUCAGAGGAAGAAAAGUUUAAUUUCCCCUCCAGGUGUUUUCUGUGCUUCUCGUGUUGCAUUUAGGAACCGGUUCUGAAGAGGAGUCCAACCGGACCUGAGGACCGAUGCGGUCCGCAGCCUCGAGGAGAGAAACGUCUGUGUUCAUGUGGCCGACGAGGUCCGGAGCCGGUUCUGGUUCUGAGUCAACUUUGAUCUGUUGAAGAACUCUGAGGAGUUCUGUGGGUUGGAACAUCAGACCGGUGUUCUGGUUCUGGUUCCGGUCUGAGCUUUGACUUCUUGUGUUUGUCUCUGUAGACAUUUGGUGAAAUUAGCCUUUAAAUAAAUGUAAGCUAUGUUCUCCCUGGA